CUGAAACAGCGGUUGAGCAACACAAUGAGACUCGCCCAAUUGCUUUCGGCGCUGGUCGCUGCAUCGCCAUCCGUGGCUUCAAUUUUGCCCGCACCUGAAGACAAGCUACUUCUUGCACCAGAUCUCGUCGAUUUCCACAAAGCAUUGGUCGAGAUCGAAUCCAUUUCGGGCAACGAGAAGGCCGUCGGCGAUUGGCUCUACGAGAGCCUCGUGAACCAAGGCUAUCAUGCAGAGCGGCAAUACGUUUCCAAGGACCCGGAGAGAUUCAAUGUAUUCGCUUGGCCAGGCCACAACAGAGACCCGCCUGUUGUAUUGAGUAGCCACAUUGACACGGUGCCUCCCUUCCUUCCAUACAAAUCUACCAAGCACAAGCACAACACGACAAUCUUCGGCCGUGGCUCAGUAGACGCCAAAGGAAGCGUCGCGACCCAGAUCAUCGCCGUGAACGAGCUCCUCGCCGCCUCCAAAAUCUCCCGCGAUGAUGUGGGAAUCCUCUACGUCGUUGGCGAAGAAGUCGGCGGCGAAGGCAUGAAGCACGCAAACCAACUCUCCCUCACGCCCAGUACUAUCAUCUUCGGCGAACCCACUGAACUCAAGCUCGUAUCUGGCCACAAAGGCAUUCUCUCUGUGCACCUCACCACGAAAGGAAAAUCCGGCCAUAGUGGAUACCCCUGGCUCGGCCGUUCCGCGAACGAGGUCCUUGUAAGCGCUCUUGCAGCUAUUAUGCAAUUGGGAGACAAGCUUCCCAAAAGCGACAAAUAUGGCACGACGACGUUCAAUCUCGGCCGUAUCGAAGGCGGUGUAGCUGCGAAUGUCAUCGCGCAAAACGCGUCUGCGAACAUCGCAGUCCGAAUCGCAGAAGGAACUCCCGAACUCAUAAAAAAGGAAAUCACCGUCGCCGUUCACGAUGCUGUGGCAUCUUUCCUCGAAGAUGACAAAGAUCUUAAAUUCUCCGACAUCAUCGAUAUUGAUUUCACAGGAGAAGGUUAUGGACCAAUUGAUAUCGAUCAUGAUGUUCCAGGAUUCGAUGUCAUUACCGUGAAUUAUGGCACUGACAUUCCGUGGCUGAAGAAGACGGUCAAAGACCAGAAACGGUACUUGUAUGGACCCGGAUCGAUUUUGGUGGCGCACAGCGCGAAUGAGGAGUUGACCGUAAAGGACUUGGAGGAUGCUGUGGAAGGGUAUCAGAAGAUUGUACUUUUCGCAUUGGGGAAGGGCGAGAAGAGUGAGCAAGAUGAGGGAAAGCAGGACUUGUAGUUGGCUAGAGCGAUGACUGCUGUGUCGCUGCCUCCGAGGUCCGUUGUUUAGAUCUGGGUUGUGAUAUCCAGUUCUGUGCGCAUGCUUGCACGCCACACCCGCAGAAGCAUUCAUCUUGUGCACAAACAACACAAAUCUCAAGCUUAUCGGCCGUGG